ACUCACUCUCUCUCUCUCAACACCCUCUUCUUCCUCUCAUCUCCUCUCCUCUCCUCUCCAGAUUGGUUUAAUGAGAAAACUCUUUUGCAUAUAUUAUAGAGAAAAUGGUGCUGUUAUUAGUUUAUUACAGGUUUGAGUGGUUGAUUAUUACCUCAUUGAAGUUAACAUCUAAUAACAGAUAAGUAAAUCUUGACUAUGGAAGAUUACAAUUUUGUUGUUGGUCAAGAAUUCCCUGACGUGAAGGCAUUCCGCAAUGCAAUUAAAGAAGCUGCUAUCGCACAGCAUUUUGAGCUUCGUAUUAUUAAAAGUGAUCUGAUUCGCUACUUUGCUAAGUGUGCCUCAGAGGGCUGUCCAUGGCGGAUUCGUGCUGUCAAGCUCCCUAAUGCCCCAACAUUUACCAUAAGAAGUCUUGAAGGGACACAUACUUGUGGGAGAAAUGCACACAAUGGGCACCACCAGGCUUCUGUUGAUUGGAUUGUCAGUUUUAUAGAAGAAAGGUUGCGAGAUAACAUCAAUUAUAAACCGAAAGAUAUUUUACAUGAUAUCCAUAAACAGUAUGGUAUAACUAUUCCAUAUAAGCAAGCUUGGCGUGCAAAGGAGAGGGGACUUGCAGCAAUUUAUGGCUCUUCUGAAAAAGGAUAUUUCCUACUUCCUUCAUACUGUGAACAGAUAAAGAAAACAAAUCCUGGAAGUGUUGCCGAGGUGUUUACCACUGGUGCAGAUAACUGUUUUCAGAGACUUUUUGUUUCCUUUUAUGCAUCAAUUUAUGGUUUUCUUAAUGGUUGUUUGCCCAUUGUUGGACUAGGUGGUAUGCAGCUGAAAAGCAAAUACCUUAGCACAUUACUUUCAGCAACUUCUUUUGAUGCUGACGGUGGGUUGUUUCCACUUGCUUUUGGUGUUGUUGAUGUAGAAAAUGAUGACAGCUGGAUAUGGUUCUUGUCUGAGUUGCAUAAGGCACUAGAGUUGAAUACUGAAUGCAUGCCACAGCUUAUAUUUUUGUCAGAUGGGCAAAAGGGUAUUAUGGAUGCAAUAAGAAGGAAGUUUCCAAAUUCUUCUCAUGCAUUCUGCUUGCGUCACUUAAGUGAUAGCAUUGGCAAAGAGUUCAAGAACUCUAGGCUUGUCCAUCUUCUGUGGAAGGCUGCAUAUGCCACCACAACUAUUGCAUUUAAAGAAAAAAUAGCUGAAAUAGAAGAGGUCUCUCCUGAAGCUGCUAAAUGGUUACAGCAAUUCCAUCCUUCCCAAUGGGCCCUAGUAUAUUUUGAAGGAACACGAUAUGGCCAUCUAUCCUCUAAUAUUGAGGAGUUCAAUAAAUGGAUUCUUGAAGCCAGGGAGUUGCCAAUUAUCCAGGUGAUUGAGCGGAUUCAUAGCAAGCUUAAAACCGAGUUUGAUGACAGGCGUUUAAAAAGUAGUUCAUGGAUCUCUGUGCUUGCCCCAUCUGCUGAGAGGCAAAUGAUUGAAGCCAAUAGCCAUGCAUCUACAUAUCAAGUCCUUAGAUCAGAUGAAACAGAGUUUGAGGUUCUUUCAGCUGAUCGAUCAGAUAUUGUAAAUAUUGGCAGCCAUAGCUGUUCAUGCCGUGACUGGCAGCUAUAUGGGAUACCAUGCUCCCAUGCUGUUGCUGCUCUCAAGUCAUGUCGUAAGGAUGUCUAUGCAUUUACUAAGAAGUGUUUUACUGUUGCAAGUUACAGGGAAACCUAUGUAGAGGAUAUAAACCCCAUCCCAGGAAAACUUGAAUGGAGAAAAACAGAUGAGUCUGCCAUGGUUGAUGAUAUAGUAGUUGUACGGCCACCGAAAUUUCGGCGACCGCCAGGACGGCCGGAAAAGAAACGGAUUUGUGUGGAGGACCUUAAUCGUGAGAAACAUACAGUGCAUUGUAGUCGGUGUAAUCAAACUGGACAUUACAAGACAACAUGCAAAGCAGAGAUGAUUAAUAGUAUAGAACAGUUUUAGUAUGGUUAAUUUUGUACUAUGUAGUUCACCAAAGAAGUAGUUUAUUAGCAUGUAGAGACCUUAUGUUUAGGACUAGGUCAUGUAAGAUAGGUAUAUAUCCCUUGUAUUAAAAAUCACGGGUGUAACAGAAAUUAAGUUUUGAACAUUGGCAGGUAUGUAAUCAGAAGUUGUUAAAGAUUAUUUGAAGCAUGGUUUUAGAUGGGAGAAAGA